CGGCGCUGCAGCGGCGCAGCAACUUUCACCCCCUCCAUCGGAAUUAGCCUACACUGGAGGGGCAGCCUCACCGUCUACAUCCAUCUCGCUCCUUCCAUCCUGAUUUUUCAGUGGCGGAUGUCAUGCCACCGGAUUUUUCGUCUCUAUUUAGCUACAGGCAAUGAUAAAAUUCAGGGGAUCCGGGGCAACUGAUUAAAAGGACAUUCGUCUUGGCGCCAGCGUUGAAGAGAUGGGGAUAGUCCUCUACCACACCUGUCUGCUUCUGUCAACCAUGUCUGGAUUCCGCCAAUCACUGCCAUGGAUCUUUGGGAGCAGCAAUGGCAUCCUACGCCUCUCAUACUGAUUGGAUAGAUUUGUAGGAUGCGUUCUCUGCGUAAGACGGUGUUGUUGGCACUGGUAGCUUCUGUGGUCUUGGUUUUGGCAGUGCUACACUCAUGGCCCACCCGGGCCUACAGCACCGUGGACCUCCGGCAGAGACCAGGGCCUGGAUUGGAACGGCUGCUGGAGGAGAGACUCCCAGAGCCAGACCCCAGUGCUAGCACAAUCCCCUACCGUGUGAGAGAGAGUGUAGCUGGGCUCCUGGCACGUAAUGGUUGCGUGUGUGAGGGUGAGAGGGGAGGCGUGAACUUACCAUUCGCUCAACUGCUGUUCCCACGAGUGUCUGCCCGCCCCCUGCACACCGCUUUCCAGCCCUCCCAGCUCGAUGAAAUGAAGAGACGGCGUGCCAAAGAGUAUCAGGGCUUCCAAAUGAGGUCACAGACCCCUGCUGAUUUGCUGAUUGUAGCUGAAGCUAAUAGCCCACUGCAAUACCCAACACAGGGUGUGGAAGUGCGGCCGCUCAAGACGAUCCUUGUACCAGGCUUGGCCUUAAAAGACCUGCCCAGAGACGUUUACACUCUGAAUUUCUCAGCAUCUCUUGGCACGUUUAACGUGGCGGCAGAGGUAGAGGGAGUAAAGGUCAGGGGUGAUGGUGAGAUGCAUAUGAGCUUAAGCAGCUGCCUCUUAGCCAACCUGAACCGCCAGCUUCAGUUCAUCACUUAUACUAACACACUGUUCCACCCCAGCACUGCAGAUACAGUGCAGUUAGAGACUGAAGGACAUCAGGCUCUUUUCACCAUCAAAAUCCGUCAUGGAGUGACGCCCAAACUCUACAACACUGGCUCAGACGCAGACAAAGAAUACAACAUCAGUGCUCUUGUCACCAUAGCCACCAAAACCUUUCUGCGCUAUAACAAACUCCAGGACCUGAUUGACAGUAUACGACGGUACUACCCAACAGUUACCAUAGUAAUAGCAGAUGACAGUGAAAAUCCAAAAAUGGUGUCCGGCCCGUACAUAGAGCAUUACAUCAUGCCAUUUGGGAAGGGUUGGUUUGCAGGUCGUAAUCUGGCCGUCUCACAGGUCACCACUAAGUAUGUGCUGUGGGUGGAUGAUGAUUUUAUCUUCACUGCCAACACCAAACUGGAGAAACUGGUGGACGUGUUGGAGAAAACCACACUUGACUUGGUUGGCGGUGCAGUGCGUGAGGCUACAGGCUACACUGCCACCUACAGGCAGACCAUCUCUAUAGAAGCUGGAGAAGAGGAAGGGGACUGCCUGCAUGUGAGGCGCGGUUUCCAUCACAUCAUACAAGGCUUCCCCAACUGCGUGGUCACUGACGGAGUCAUUAACUUCUUUCUGGCCCGGACAGACAAAGUGCAGCAGGUGGGCUUUGACCCACGGCUAGCCCGCGUCGCCCACCUUGAGUUUUUCAUCGAUGGACUGGGUUCACUCCACGUUGGCUCGUGUGAUGAUGUCAUUGUGAAUCACGCCACCAAGAUCAAGCUUCCGUGGGGCCAAUCGGAAAGCGACAAAACCUACGCCAAGUUCCGUUACCCUCCAGCAUCUUCUGACGCCACACAUACCAAAAACGGCCUCCUGUACUUCAAGAACCGCUUCCAGUGUCUCACACACAACUGAACACACUCUUCCACUGCUCCCUCACUCUCCUGCUCUCUCUCUCUCUCUUUGUCUUCCUCUCUCAAAAGGCCUCUCUUUUCCAGAGUAGCUAAAGAGGGUCUUUGAGGGGUCUCGGGGUGGUGUGUGAGUGUGCGUGUGUGUGUGUGUGUGUGUGUACAGUCUGGUGUGUAGUCCCUUUCCCCCAUUUUAGUGUGGGAAUGUUCAAAAAUAGUCCUCUCCUUUUGGAGGGGCCAUAAACAUCAUUAACCGUGACUGACAGAUGAGAGAUGGCAGCCGUUUUUUGUUGUUAUUGUUGUUGUUUUUAAUAACUAAAGAGUUGAGGUCAUAUUUUUAUGUCCUGUUACGCUCAAUUUUAUUUUUGUUUACAAGAACCCUUUAGAUACAGAUCAUUCCUUACCAUUUCUCUACUGUCAGUCAUGGUUAAAGAUCAUUCUGCUCGAUGUUUUUAAGGGAAAUUUUUCCUCAAUAGAAUUAAUUUGACAGAAAAUAAAACUUCUUUAUCUGAAACUGAAAAGCUAAAGAGGUAGAUGUUUGGACAAUGGACGACAGGCGAUGGAU